AUGUUGAACCGUGUGUUGAGUACGUGUAUAGAUGGGCGUACUGUGCGUAUCAAUGUUAUGCAACCAUUGACAGUUAAUUUUGUAACUGAUGAUCAAUUAUCAGUAGAGGAAAGAAGCAGUGCUAUACUGGCAAAAUAUAAAGAGGCCAGUGGAGUAACCGCAACAUUGCCUAGGGUAAAUGUUCGCAGAUUAUCACCUAAGCCUCUCUCGCCCAAAAAUUUCGAAAUACCUAAAGGAUAUAUCAAAUAUCGUGUGAAACUAAAUGAAGAAAUGGACAGCAUUCUGGAGUAUGAUGUUGACGAGGAGGAUAUGAAAUGGUUAACUCUUGUUUCAAAGAAAUUAGAGAAAGCUGGUGAAGAACGUCUCAGUGUACAUAGUUUUGAAAUUGCAAUGGAUCGUCUAGAAAAAGAAAGUUUUUUCCAAUGCUCAAAGGGUGACGGUAAUUAUAAAUGUUUGGUUGAUCAAGAUGCUGUAUGCUGUGUAUGUAAUGAUGGAGAAGGCAGCAACAUUAAUCAAAUUAUAUUCUGUGAUAUGUGCAAUAUUGCCGUUCAUCAAGAUUGUUACGGCGUGCCUUAUGUUCCGGAAGGUCAGUGGCUUUGUCGCCGUUGUCAAAUGUCACCAUCAAAACCAGUAUCAUGUGUACUUUGUCCAAGUUCGCAUGGUGCUUUUAAACAAACAGUUGACAGUCGUUGGGCCCAUGUUGUUUGUGCAUUAUGGCUGAAUGAGGUUCAUUUCGCAAACAGUGUGUUUAUGGAACCAAUUGAUGGAAUUGAAAAUUCAUUAAAACGAAGACAACGACUGAGAUGUAUCGUAUGCAAGCAAAAAGUGGGAGCAUGCCUGCAGUGUUCUAAGAAAAGUUGUACCCGUUCAUUUCACGUGACAUGCGCAAAUGCCGCGGGUAUGGAAAUGCGUGCCGAAAUAGUUGAUAAUCCCAAACGUGAAGGUGGCACUGAAAUACGGUAUACAGCAUACUGUCAUUUUCAUUCAACUGAUUUUGCAAA